AUGAUAAGGGAAAAGGUUAGAAACUACAUAUAUGAUGAUCUUAUAUUUUCCAUUUUAUCAAAAUUGCCCCUAAAAUCUUUGAAGCGAUUUGGAUGUGUUAGUAAACCAUGGUCUCUUUUAUUUGAAAACAAUAAUUUCAUGAGUAUUUUUCGCAACAAUUUCAUAUCCAAUCAUCAUUCUUGCUAUGAGGAUACAUCUCUUCUUCUACCAAUUGGUGAUAAAGUUUUUCAUUCACCUUAUAGUGAUAGAUUUGAGAAUAUGGUUGAAUUAGAUUUGCCUAAUUCAUUUCAAGAGGAGAAUCCUAAUUUUGGCAUUUUAGAUUCUGGUAGUAUUACCGGAAUUCUUUGCCUAUACUCACAGAAUAAUGAUAGAAUUGUAUUUUGGAACCCAACAACAAAAGAAUUCAAAGUCAUUCCUCCAAGUCCUCUCGAGUCUGUACCACCUUAUCAGCAAUUUCUCAUUUAUCUUCAUGGGUUUGGCUAUGACCAUGUUAGAGAUGAUUAUAAAUUGCUUAGGCAUGUAUCUUAUUUUCCACCAUCUUUCGGAGAUUGUGAAUAUCUUGGCAUUUCAUAUCAUGAUUUGCCGCAUGAAGAUAUAUUACGUGAUUCCUUUUAUGAGACAUACAGUCUUAGAAGUAACUCUUGGAAAAAACUUGAUACGUGGCAUGAUUCUUCUGUGCGGGGUAGUUACUUAGGUGAGCGACUUUACUUGGAUGGAAAGUGUAAUUGGUGGGACUAUAUAGAUAGUGACCUUCCAAAUGUUAAAUCCGCCUUGGCGUCAUUUGAUUUGGCCAAUGAAGUGUUAUUUACAACACUUAUACCCUUAGACGUGCCUAUAGAUGUGGCUGAUGAAUAUAUGUUUUAUCAUCACUUGGUGGAGUUAUGUGGUUUUAUUGCUUUUAUCACAUGGAUUAUUGGUACAUCUACCUUUGACAUAUCAAUUUUAUAUGAAGUUGGUGUGAAAGAAUCAUGGACUAAACUGUUUAUUGUUGGACCAUUGUCUUGCAUUGAGCGUCCUAUCGGAACAGGAAAAAAGGGUGCUAUAUUUUUUACAAAAGAAGAUGGUGAAAUAUUUCUGUUUAACUUGAGCACGCAGAAGAUUGAGGAGCUCGGCAUUCAAGGAAUUUAUUCUCAUGUGUUAUUUUAUAGGAAAAAUUUUCUUUCAUUUGGAGGAUAAAUCAUUAAUUUGAUUUUUAAGCAAGAGAUUUAUGACCAUGAUUAUUGGGAUUUUACAAUCUUUAUUUUUGUUUGGGAUGAUGGAUCAACAUCUUAUUUGAUGUUGAAAUAACUUAUAUCCAGGCAACUAUAAGAAAAAUCAUUACAUUCUGCUAAAGAGAUUUAUGCC